AUGACGCGUUCGAGUACGUUUAAUUUCGCACGAGGCGAACGCUCUACUCUCGAGCAAUUUAUUUUAGUACUUAAAGCAGCGUCCGAACGACGCUUUUUGUACGGGUUUUUCUUUUUCCCGUUCCCGCUGGACACGUCUCGUCCACGCGGUGUGAACCCGGCCGUGCGGGCCCGCCAUUACGGUAGCCAAACGAGAAGUGAGGCCUUCCGACCUACCGAGAAUCUCCGAAGGAAAGUAUCCCCUAGUCCCGGUGGUUGUGUAGUCCCGCAGGCGAAGGCCAGUUGGAGACCCGUGACGCUUCCCGAGGAGAGGAGACGGCAGAGUAUCGGACCAUCAGCCACUGCCCCUUCUCGCAACUCUAAAUCGGCCAUCAACGCACGUGUGCCCAUUCCGGCGAUGCAUCUGCCGAAGAGCUCGAGUGUUCCGUCGCACCAUUGAUCGGACACCCCCUGUAGCUGGCACCGUCGUUAUCAUCGCUCGAUGACGACACAGCCCUGUCGGUAUACCAGCCGCCAGCAUAA